CGAGAGUCAGCAUGAUAUGCCUCUGCCCGACCUAAUCGAGGUUGUGCCGCUCAGCCCCGAGGCGCUGGCGCGGCUCAAGGCGGCGCCCGCCCAGAUUGCCAUCCCAGGGUCCAAGUCCAUCACCAACCGCGCAAUCGUGCUCGCUGCGCUCGGCGACGGCGCUGUAACGCUCCAGGGCGCGCUGUGGUCCGAGGACACUGAGGCGAUGACUGAGUGCAUGCGGACGCUCGGGAUCAACGUCGAGGUGGCGGCCGACCCACUAAAUGCGGCCAACCGGCGGAUCACUGUCCACGGCUGCGGCGGCGUGGUGCCUCCGGGCGGCACCGAGGAGGCGCCGACCGAGCUCUUUGUGGCGAACGCCGGCACUGCGGCCCGCUUCCUGACGGCGAUGGUGUGCCUGGGGAGCGGCGUGUACCGCCUCUCCGGCGUCCCGCGCAUGCACGAGCGGCCGCAGGCGGAGCUCGUCCGAGCGCUGCGAGCGCUCGGGUACCGCGUCGACACGCCCAAUGAGCGGCUGCCGGCGCUCGUGCACGGCGGAGGGCCGCGGCCGGGUCCGGUGCUGGUGAGCGUGUCCGACUCGUCGCAGUUUGCGUCCGCCCUGCUGCUCUCGAGCGCGCGCGGCGGGUGGGUCGUCUCGACUCCGGAGGGGUCCAACCCGGACGAGCUCCCGUACGUCGAGAUGACGCGCCGGCUGGUGGAGACGUUCCCACACGGCGGCGGCGACUUCCAGGUCGAGCCGGACGCGUCCAGCGCCAGCUACUUUCACGCUGCAAACGCGCUCUUCCCAGACCACCUGCCGGUGCGCGUGCUCGCCUGCCAGCCCCCAAAGAGGGAGGGAGGAACCGGCUGGCAGAUCGACGCAGAGUUCCCACGUUUGGCGCCGACGGCGGCGGCCGAAGGCGACAACGGUGGCGGCGACGGCGACGGCGGCGCGGCGGCCGAUCCGGCCAAGCGAGCGAAGCUGGCGCCGCGUGUGAUGACGGCGAUCGCCAUCGCGCCGCUCGCCUCGCAGCCGCACGCCUUCGCUUCGCUCGGCGUGCUGCGCAAGCAAGAGUGCGAGCGCGUGGCGGCACUGAGGGACGAGUUGCGCAAGUGCAAGGCGAGCGUCGAGGAGGAGGUUGCGACGGACACUCUCUCCAUCGCCCCGACCGCCGCCGCCUCCCUCGGCGACGCGACAGUGGCGACGUACCACGACCACCGGAUGGCGAUGUGCUUCGCCACUCUCGCGCUCAAGGUGCGAGGCAUCAAGAUUGAGGGGCCGCGCUGCGUGAGGAAGACGGUGCCCUCCUUCUUCCAGAUCCUUGCCGCGUCGCCGCCGAGCGGGCUGGGCGUGGAGGUCUGGGAGUGCAACGCCGCCACGGGCGAGCGGCUGCGGCGGCUUGAGGCUCCCGAGGACCUCUUCGCCGCGUGAGCCAGACGUUUUAGGAUACGCGAUCGCGCACGCACACGUACUCCUCAUCUUUGAAGCAUGUGUCAUGUCCAUGGCCGAUGAUGCGAUGAAGGCUGAGAUCCGCGUCAUCUGUGCUGGGGAGUCUCGCGCUCGUUGCGACGUUGGCCACAGUUCUACACGGUCUUAAACGAGUGGGCACUUUCUUGUAGUAAUUGCUGCGUCCACAUUUUGCACAU